GUCAUGAGACAAGUGAGUUGCGGAACGACUUGACCGCGUCUCACUUCAGAUAGAAGACAACACUGGGUUCGAUUGUCCCUCGAGCUUAAUAUUUUUUAUCGGAGGGAUAGCGACCGCUUUUUAAACUGCGACGGUAUUUUUCAAAAAGUAUUCAUUUAUUAUUUUAAAUAACGGUUGUUGUCGUUGCUGUACGCAAUCUAGAUACCGAGAUGUACAUGAACGAUAGCAACGUAAUCAGUCCGAUGCAAGCUUUUGUUGGAGGAGUUCCCGGUAUGGGAGACGGAAGUGUACAGCAUAUGCAAGAAAGACUACUGGGAUGGAACAUUCCUCCAGAGUAUUCCGAUCUAGUCCAUCCUUAUUGGCGGGGAUUUUUAGCGCCUGGACGGUAUUGGCACAUCGGCUUCGCAUUGAUUUAUUUUAUGUUAAUGGUCAUGUCAUUUGUUGGUAAUGGCUGCGUUGUUUGGAUUUUUACUACAUCUAAAUCAUUACGUACUGCGUCAAAUAUGUUUGUUGUAAAUCUAGCGCUAUUUGAUAUCCUAAUGGCAGUUGAGAUGCCAUUAUUGAUAGUAAAUAGUUUUCUAGAACGUCCCGUUGGCUGGCAACUUGGUUGUGACAUUUAUUCAGCCCUUGGCAGUGUUUCUGGAAUCGGCUCGGCAAUAAACAAUGCCGCUAUUGCUUUCGAUCGAUAUAAAACGAUUUCCUGUCCAAUCGAUGGACGGCUUAACAGCAAACAAGCAGGAGUUAUCAUAGCCUUGACGUGGUUCUGGACUAUGCCAUUUACCAUUUUGCCCUGGAUGCGUGUCUGGGGACGAUACGUGCCAGAGGGCUUUCUGACAACUUGUACAUUCGACUACUUGUCUGAAGAUCAAGAUACCAAAGUAUUUGUUGGAUGCAUAUUUAUAUGGUCUUACUGUAUUCCGAUGACACUAAUUAUAACUUUUUACUCACAUCUAAUAAAUUCUGUCCGCAAACACGAAAAAAUGUUGCGUGAACAAGCGAAAAAAAUGAAUGUAAAGUCCCUGCAAUCUAACUCAGGUGACAAGGAACGAAGUGUUGAGAUGAGAAUAGCCAAAGUUGCCUUUACUAUUUUCUUUUUAUUCGUCUGCUCAUGGACACCUUAUGCUGUCGUUACAAUGACUGUUGCUUUUGGAAAUCGGGACGCAUUGACCCCUUUCUCAACGAUGCUGCCGGCUCUCUUCGCUAAAACAGUGUCCUGCAUUGAUCCUUGGGUCUACGCAAUCAAUCACCCGAGGUACCGACUGGAGUUACAAAAACGUUGCAAGUGGAUGGGAAUCCACGAGCAGAUGCCAGUAUCAGACAGCGUGUCAGCGACUACGGAAAAGGUCAGCGACGAUGCAUAAGUGACCGACAAAAGACAAAAGCUCAUAAAUAAAAUAAAAUAAAACUGAAGAGGAAAAGCUCGGGUUAUCUACCGUGGGACUGGGUGGAUUUUGGGGAGAAUAGAUCGACGAGUGGGCGCGGGGUCUGCAUUGCCAACCACCACACGUGCAGAGUCUGCCGACCAAACAUUGAUCUUUACUACUUACUCAAGUGAUACUACUCUAUAAUUGUAUAUUGCAUUCCAACGGACAUUCGACAGUUCGCGUAAUUGUUUAUUUCGUUUUCAAUCACUAAACUCUUUAUUUACUUUUAUUUGAUAAUCACUCUGCGAGAGAUUAUGUCAAUUUAUUCGCUGGAUAUGAGACAUUAUAUACAAGUUUAAUCAUAAAAUUAAUAUUUCAAAGCAA